CCACUCAAACGGUCACUCUUCUCUUCUUACCCAAAAGAAUUUCUUUCUGUCAGAAAAACAUUUCAAACCGAUCUAGAAAAACUGUUUCUGUUUUUUCCGAAUGCCAUGGAUUAUCACAGUAUGAAGAGGAAAGAACUUCAAUCUCUUUGUAAGAAACAUCAUAUUCCAGCGAACAUGACUAAUUCAGCCAUGGCGGAUGCCCUUUCUGCUCUUAAUUUGGUUGAUGAGGUUGAAGAAACUGUGACGGAGAGGCCCGUAAAACCACAAAUUGAUCUGAUUGAUGAUAGUGAACCUAGAAUUCCUGUUGGCGGUGCUAGAUCUAGACGAGCACCUUUGCGUGAAAAGUCAGUUGAGGAGAUUUUAGCCAAAACAUCAGCACCGACGGCUUGCCGAAAGAAAAUUCAAGGAAAAGUUGUUUCCAAGGCCAAGGAGAAUAAUAAAGAGGAGGUGAAGGAGGAGGAGGUUCCUGUUGUCAAUACAAGGCGAUCUACAAAAUUGCACCAGGAAUCUAUACUCAAGAUAUCUGAGUCUUCCCAGGAGGUAGAAGCUAAGAAGAUUGGUGUGUUGUCUGAAGAACUAAAUGUCAAAGACAAGGGAAAUAAUAAUGAGGAGGAGGAGAAGGAAGUUCCUGUUGUUAAUCAUGUUGCAAAGCGAUCCAGGAGAUUGCAACAAAAAUCUAAGCUUGAGAUAUCCGAGUCUUCCCAGGAGGUAGAAGCUAAGAAGACUGAUAUUAUGUUGUCUGAAGAAGUAAAUGUGAAAGACAAGGGAAAUAAUAAUGAGAUGGAGAAAGAGGUUCCUGUGGUUAAUCAUGUUACGAAAUCCAAGAGAUUGCAACAAAAAUCUAAGCUCAAGACAUCUGAGUCUGCCCAGGAGGUAGAAGCUAAGAAGACUGAUAUGUUGUCUGAAGAAGUAAAUGUCAAGGACAAGGGAAAUAAUGAUGAGAAGGAGGAGGAGGUUGUUGUUGUUGCCAAUCCUGUUACAAAGCGAUCCCGGAGAUUACAGCAGAAAUCUAUGCUCAAGACAUCUGAGUCUGUCCAGGAGGUAGAAGCUAAGAAGACUGAUAUGUUAUCUGAAGAAGUAAAUGUCAAGGACAAGGGAAAUAAUAAUGGGAAGGAGGAGGAGGAGGUUGUUGUUGUUAAUCCUGUUACAAAGCGAUCACGGAGAUUGCAGCAGAAGUCUAAGCUCAAGACAUCUGAGUCUGUCCAGGAGGUAGAAGCUAAGAAGACUGAUAUAUUGUCUGAAGAAGUAAAUGGCGAGGAGAUGAAAUCAGAGUAUGAAGUAAUUGAUGUUGUUCUGCAGAAAAAUGAAGGAAUUGAUGGCAAUUCUUCAAAGGAAGCGCAAGAUAAUGUGGCUUCUGGAAGUGUUGAUGUUGUUGAAAAAACUAUGCCAGAGAGCCCAGAAACCAGCAGGAAACCAUUAUCUGCAAGAAAACCCCAAUGUGAUUUGGUUGUUAAUGAACCUGAAAUUCCUGUUGGUCUUGCCAGAUCUAGACGUGCACGUUUGCUUGGAAACUCAUCUGCUUCAGAGGAGAUUAUACCCAAAACUGCAGCACCAACAGCUUGCCGAAACAAAACUGAAGGAAAACUUGUUUCCAAGGCCAAGGGAAAUAAUAACGAGAAGGAGGAGGAGGUUCCUGUUGUUAGUCAUGUUGCAAAGCGAUCCACCAGAUUGCAGAUGAAAUCUAUGCUGAAGGUAUCUGAGUCUGUCUUGAAGGCAGGAGAAACAAAUGAAGCUAAGAAGGCCGAUAUGUUGACUGAAAAAGUAAAUGUCGAGGAGAUGAAGUCAGAGUCUGAAGUAACUGAUGAUGUUCUGCUGAAUAAUGAAGGAAUUAAUGGAAAUUCUUCCAAGGAUGAACAAGAUGAUUUGGCUUCUGGAAACAUUGACGAUGUUGAAGAGACUGUGCCAGAGAGUACAGUAACCACCAGAAACUUAUUAACUGCAAUAAAGCCUCAAUCUGAUUUGGUUGAUAAUGAACCUAGAAUUCCUGUUCGUCUUGCCAGAACCAGACAUGCACCUUUGCUUGAAAAGUCAGUUGCUUCAGUGAAAGAGAUUAUACCCAAAACUUCAGCACUAAGGACUUCCCCAAAAGAAGCUUCUGGAAAAAGUGUUUCCUGGGCCAAGGAAAUUGAUAAUGAGAAGGAGGAGGCGAUUCCCGUUGUUACUCAUAUUUCAAGGCAAUCCACCAGAUUGCACAAGAAAUCUAAACUCAAGAAAUCUGAGGGUGUCCAGAAGGUAGAAGCUAAGAAGAGUGAUAUGGAACAAGUAAAUGCUGAGGAGAUGAAAUCCGAGUCUGAAGUAACUGACGUGGUUCUGCAGAAGAAUGAUGAGGAAGAACAAGAUGACGUGGCUUCUGGAAGCGUAAGUAGUGUCAUUGUCUCCAGCGAGUUUUCGGUGCUAGAAGAAUCCAGAGAUUUUGAAGAUAUUACAGUUGAGUCAAGUGUUACUUCUGAAGAACCCUCUACUGCAUUGAUGAUGGGUGAGCUUCCCAAAGAUAGUGCUACUCAUGUUUUCGGAGAAUGUGUGUCAGAAAACCAUUCUGCCUUUACGAUACCUGCAGAGGAAUCCUUUCUAGUAGAAGCGAAUACUGAAACUACAAAGGUAAGCAUUGAUACUGACGAGCAGCCUAUGGAAAAAAUUGAAGUCACUGAAAUUACAAAGGUCUCCACUGAAUUGUUGAUGGUAGAGAGAUCUGGAGAUUUAAAAGAAAUUACAGUUGAUUCAAAUGUUAAUUGUGAAGAUCCGACUAGUGCUUUGAUCAUAGACGAGCUUUCCAAGGCUAGCCCUACUCACGCUUUAGGCGAGUGCAUUUCAGAAGACUGUUCUUCAUUUACUAUACGUAGCGAGGAAUCCAGUUCUCACAUUACUGAUGUUUCUACUGACUUAGUUGAGGAGAACAUAGAAAUUACAAAGGUCUGUAUUGAAAGUGAAGAUCAACCGUUUGAGAAAAAUGAAGAUAAGGGUGUUUCGGACUUGGAGGUUAAAGUGGAAAAUGAGCUUGCUUAUGUCGUGGUUACUGAUGGUGAAGCGCUAGUUGGUGAUGAAUCUUUUCCAAUAGUGGAGAUUACGGAUAGACUUGAAAACACAGAUGUUGACGACGGUAAGCGCAAAUGUGAGACUGAGUUAUAUGGUGCCAACACUAAUGAAGUUGAAGAAUUAUCUUUGGAUCCUGAUAUGUUGUCUAAGGAAGUGAACAUGGAGGAGCUGAAAUUAGAGUCUGAAGUAACUGAAGUUGUUCUGCAGAAGAAUGAUGGAAUCAAUGGAAAUUCUUCAAAGGAACAACAAGAUGACGUGGCUUCUGGAGACGUAAGUAGUGUUAUGGUCUUCACUGAAUUGUCGAUGCUAGAGAAAUCAGGAGAUUUUGAAGAAAUUACAGGUGAUUCAAAUGUUACUUCUGAAGAUCCCUCUAUUGCUUUGGUGAUGGGUGAGCUUUGCAAGGCUAGCAGUACUCAUGCUUUUGGUGGCUGCAUUUCCGAAGACUGUGUUGUUUCUAUGAUGUCUGUCGAGGAAUCUAGCGUAAACAUUGGUAAUGUUUACAGUGAAUCAUCUCUAAUAGAUAGGGUCAGUGGAGCUAAGACUACUGAAAAUUUGAAUUUAAAUCCCCAACCCGUGGAAUGUGACGAUCAAGUUACGGAAAAUGAAGUCAUUGAAGAGAAGGAUGUGAAUGGCUUGGAAUCAAAGGCUACAGAUAAAGAUGAGCUCACUUAUCUCAUGCCUUCUGAGGUUGAAGUACUAUCUAUUGAUGAAUAUUCUCCAAUAGCAGAGAUUUUGGAAAACCUUCAAGACUCAGAUGCUUACGAAGUGGCUAGUAAACUCGAAUGCGAAACUGAUGUGUAUGCUGUUAACCUUUCUGAACUUGAGGAAUUAUCUCUUGAUGCUGAUCACUUUUAUUUCGAAGCUAUAAAAGACUCAACAAUGAACAACCAGGAAGCUGAAAAUUGUACUUUGGAGAUUUGGCGGGAGGAUGACUGUGACAAGUUUCAAGGUGUUAAUGUAGCAACUGAUUUCGAUCCCGCGGCUAUUUGUGGUGCUCAGGUUAAUGGGUUGUCUGACGAAGAAACAUCCUAUGAUAAAGAAAACGAUUCAGAAGGAGAAUUGGUGAUGCUAGACACUGUUGAGGAGAAUGAGAAGGACAGUUCAGGUGACACUGUUGGCGAGAAUGAUGACAGUUGUGAUGUGGAUGAAGUUUCUGAUGUUGCAGCUGAUCAGAUUGUGAAGCAGACUCCUGUUAUUUCUAAAGGUGAAGCACUAUCUAUUGAUGAAUCUUCUCCAACACUUGCUAAUACGGAAAACCUUGAAGACUCAUAUGUUAAAUUGGUUAUUUCAGCUGUUGAGGAGAAUGAGGGCAGUUCUGUUGAUGGAUCUCUUCCAACACUUGCGAAUACGGAAAAUCUUGAAGACUCAUAUGUAAAAUUGGUGAUUUCAGCUGUUGAGGGGAAUGAGAAGGACAAUUCUGGUGACAUUGUUGAGGAGAAUGAGGACAGUUCUGACAUGGAUGAGAUUUCAGAUGUGGUUGCAACGGAUCCGAUUGUGAAGCAGACUCCUGUGCUUUCUGAAGUUGAAGCACCAUCUGUUGAUGGAUCUUCUCCAACACUUGCAGAUACAGAAAACCUCGAAGACUCAUUUGUAAAAUUGGUGAUUUCAGAUUCAGACAAUGUUGUGGAGAAUGAGAAGGACAUUUCAGUUGACAUUGUUGAGGAGAAUGAGAAGGACAUUUCAGGUGACAUUGUUGAGGAGAACGAGGACUGUUCUGAGAUUUCAGAUGUUGUUGCAACUGAUCUGCUCGUGAAGCAAACUCCUGUGCUUUCUGAAGCUGAAACACUAUCUGUCAACGUAUCUUCUCCAACAGUUCGGAUUACAGAAAUCCUUGAAGACACAGAUGUUUGCGAAGUGGCCAAUAAACUCGAAUGUGAGACUAAGAUAUACGAUGUCAAUGUUUCUGAACUUGAGGAAUUAUCUUUGGAUUCUGAUUGCUUUUAUUUCCAAGCAAUGAAAGAAGACUUGAUGGAGGAAGUAAUGGACGUUAAGGAAGCCAAAAAUUGUACUUUUGAGAUUCAGCAGGACUAUGACAUGUCCCAAUGUGUUAAUGUAGCAGCUGAUAUUGAGACCUCUAAUGGUGAAGAAGCCGAUUUAGAUGUUGCUAAGGAGAGCGAGAAGGAAAAUUCAGGUGACAUAGUUGAGGAUAAUGUGGACGGUUCUGACGUGGUUGAGACUUCAGAUGAUGUUGCAACUGAUCUGAUUGUGAAGCAGAUUCCUGUGCAUCUUGCAACUCCAAUAAAAAGAAAUACAUCAGUACACCAGGUUCAGCAGAUCCCUCGAAUGUCGUUUACUAAGAAGAAGGCUGCUACAAGUUCAAGAAGUUUCAAGGUUUUGGAUGACAACAAGGAGAUUGAUGAAAUGAGCAAGUUCAGUAUCAGAAGUACUUCUAAGGUGGCAACUAAAGUAGUACUGGAAGAAAAAGAGAACAAACAUGAAAACACGGUUCAAAGGAAACUGAAAUCCACAAGUUUAGGGCAGUUGAGAAAAAUGGUGAAAGCCAAACAACUUAAUCUCGCUGACACUAACAACACCAUUGUUAAGGAACAGCUGGAUGUGGCGAAAAGGCCCGCUCUGCAACAAGUGAGCAAUAACAGUCUGGUGCAUGAGAAAGAAAACUGAGAUAUCCAUUACCUAGAAAAACUGUUUGGUAGGGUAAAUCUUCUCAAAGUUUUUGUAUAGGUGCCAGAGGAAUGCACAAAAAGAUUGGUGCUCUUAUUUUGGUUCAGGGUUAAAACAUCUUUAUCCUUGUAAGCAUUGUGUUUAUUUUUGGGAGUCCUUGAGCCCCGACUAGUAUGUGGAUUCUACUGCAGUGAUAAAUGUUCUUCACUGAAUUACUGAAUGUAUGAGACAUCUCGUUGUUGAUAAUUUGGCGUCUUUAUCUGCUAA